GGGAGCCGUUUGCUUUUUGGACCCUCAUGGACCGGAAUCAUGAUGGAGAGCCCAAUGCGAGUCAUUAUCUCUGCCUGCGUUACUGAUAUUGGUGGUAAUCCACAGCGACGCCAUAAUACUCUAGGGAGUGCAUUCUGCGAAGAAGUCUUAAACCGAGAAUUCCGUGCGUCACUCCAACCUACUGGAUACGACCAUGUCCACAUCCCCGCGGAUUUCGACUCGGCCAAGCCGGUGAAGCGCUGGUUUAUCUUCGACUUGAACGUUGGUGGAGAACUCGGCGCGGACGAAGUUGCGCAGAUCCCCCAUCAAGUCUAUCUGAGUAGCCGCCAGGGAGACAAUUGGAUUUUCAUUCCACGCCCACAAUGGAUUGACUCCGCGAAGGCCCGAGCCAACUCAUAUACAUGGGGCGGAAGACUGGAACAGAAACUAGUGGCUGGCAUGAGGAAUUCAUUGCUCCAGGCGUGAACUACAAUAUCAAGGCAGCACUCAAAGAUUUCCCCCUUCCCGUCCCUGUUCGCGUCUCUCUCUUGUCAAGGUGUCUCGGGUGGCGUUUGCCCCCUGCAUGCUGGACACUCUUCGUUAUCCUUAUCCUCCUGCCAGUCCCAGACGUCUUGGCGUUGGUUAGGUGGACACGUCACUUGGUUCUGCAGAGCAACAGCACAUCUCGCGAUGUAUACAGUGGCUUCGUGGCCACAGACCCCGAACCGACCUCGCACGUUCUCACACAUCUGCCUUUGUCAGCG